GCAGUACAUACAUUUUAGUUGCAAACAGUGGUAAUCUUCCUGCUGAAGGAAAAGUGAAUAGCCUGAAGAGAGAUGAUCCUAUCUGCUUGCUUUUUUGGAAUGUUGAUGUAGCCAGCUAUAUUGAUUGCUACUUUGCAGAAGAAAUCAUGAAACACCCAAAGCAGCAAUAGAGAAGUCUAGCCAUUUUGCUAAUUUUGUGCCUGUUUUUGAAGACUUGUGUACCAAACGCUUCCAAACCCAAUAUUUUGCUUAUAAUGGCCGAUGAUCUUGGUAUUGGAGAUGUAGGCUGCUAUGGCAAUGAUACACUAAGGACCCCUAAUAUUGAUCAUCUGGCAAAGGAAGGAGUAAGACUGACUCAGCACAUUGCUGCAGCUCCAGUUUGUACCCCAAGCAGAGCAGCUUUCCUGACUGGCAGAUACCCCAUCAGAUCAGGCAUGGGUUCCAGCAUCAAGCAACACAUUGUUUUUUGGAAUGGUGCCUCAGGAGGCCUUCCUCCCAAUGAAACAACUUUUGCCAGAAUACUGCAGCGGCAAGGUUAUACCACAGCACUUAUAGGCAAGUGGCAUCUGGGUGUGAACUGUGAAUCCCGCAAUGAUCACUGCCACCAUCCUCUAAACCAUGGCUUCAGUUAUUUUUAUGGAAUGCCUUUUAGUCUUGUGAAUGAAUGUCAUGGAAGAGAAAAUCCUGAGCUAAGCCAGUCUUUGCAAGCUACCUAUUGGCUUCACACUCAGAUAAUUGCCCUUGCUGUGCUUACACUUUUGAUUGGAAAACUUACCAACUUAUUCUCAGUGAAAUGGAAGACUAUUUCAUGUUUUGCCACAUGUGGUUUCCUGUUUUUCAUCUCCUGGUUCUCCAGCUAUGGAUUCACAAAGUACUGGAAUUGUAUCCUGAUGAGAAACCAUGACAUUACUGAACAACCAAUGAAGCUGGAGAAAACCACUUUCAACCUACUUAAAGAGGCAGUUUCGUUUAUUGAACGAAACAAGCAAGAGCCAUUCCUCCUCCUUGUUUCCUUCUUACAUGUCCACACACCCCUCAUCACAACGGAGAAGUUUCGUGGGAGAAGCAGUCAUGGUUUAUAUGGUGAUAACGUAGAGGAGAUGGCCUGGCUGGUGGGCAAACUUUUGGAAGCAAUUGACAAGGAAGGAUUGAAGAAUAGCACAUUUGUGUAUUUUGCAUCUGACCAUGGAGGUUUCUUGGAGGCUCAAGAAGGAAAUGUCCAGCGAGGGGGCUGGAAUGGAAUAUAUAAAGGUGGCAAAGCUAUGGGAGGCUGGGAAGGAGGGAUCCGUGUGCCAGGGAUACUUAGGUGGCCAGGAGUGUUACCUGCAGACACAGUCAUUGAUGAACCCACAAGUCUAAUGGACAUUUACCCUACAGUUGUUCAUUUGGCCGGAAGUGCAGUGCCACAGGACAGGGUAAUCGAUGGACACAACUUGAUGCCUUUACUGCAGGGAACAGUUCAGCACUCAGAGCAUGAGUUCAUGUUUCACUACUGUGGUGUGUACUUACAUGCAGUGCGGUGGCACCAGAAGGACAGUGGUGCACUGUGGAAGGCUCAUUAUACUACUCCAGUAUUCCAGCCAGAGGGUGCUGGAGCCUGCUAUAAAAGUGGAAUUUGCCACUGCUUUGGAGAAGAUGUAACCCACCAUGAUCCUCCUUUGCUUUUUGAUCUCUCACGAGACCCUUCUGAGGCCAAUCCUCUCUCACCUGACACUGAACCCCUGUUUGAUGCAGUAAUAAACAGAAUAGAAAGAGCUGUGUGGGACCACCAUGGGACACUGACUCCAGUCCCACAGCAGCUCUCUGCAUACAACAUUGUGUGGAAACCCUGGCUGCAGCCGUGCUGUGGAACAUUUCCGUUUUGCUGGUGUGAUGAAGAAGAUGACAGAACAUAGCACAUUCCUUAAUGGGAAAGUAACCAGAGACUCAAUAGCCUGAAAAAUGUUUUCACGCUUAAAUGACUUGGGCCAAACACUACUCUAAUCAUAGCCAAAGUACACUGGCUAAUUGGAACAGAUAUUCCUCUGAUUUGUUCCUCAUACAAUCAGUGAGUUCCGUUCCAUAGAGCUGGAGUUUGCUUGAAGAAGGACUGAAUAAAUCUUGCCCCCAAACCACCAAUGUAACUUGGCCCAUAGGCUCAUAAUUACCUUCAGAUAACCGAAGUGAACUUACUCAAGUAAAUAAUUAAAUAUAAGGGAUCAGUUUCUGAAACCACUUCCUGUUCAGCUUACUCUUACUCGGGUAAAAUGAUCAGAGAGACCAAUAGGAUUGUGUCUGAAGUUGGAUCUCGGGACUUAAUCUGUCACUUACAGAAUCUCUCCUGUAUUUACAAAAAUAAUAGUACAAUCAAUUUGGAAAGGUAUUAAAACAUCUUAGCUUCACUGGGCACAUCUACAUGCAAUAUUAAUGUGAUACAAUAAACUGCAAAACAGUUUUUGCCAACUCCAAUACAGUUUGUGCCUGACUUUAUUGCUCCCGGGCACAGAGUUUACACAUAUAUCCGGGUCUGCAGGUCAUUGAGCCAAGGCAGUGUAGCCACAGCUGACUCGGGACUGUGGGGGGAGGAGGAUUUUGAAAUGAAAACAUUGUAAUUUUCUAAGAAGGAAGCACAAUUCAAUACAUUGAGACCUGAAAGCUGACACCCUUGCUCCAUGGUCACAGAGCAGUCGCAACACAAGAGAAGUUCCUUGCCCAGGACAGCUUUCCAUCACCAUCCUCCUGUGAAAUAUGAAACAUCAUAACAAGAAAGAAGCAUAAUUUAAUGUCUUAUUUGCCAUCAAGCAACUCGGAAGUAAACAGACUGCUUCAAUUUUUAUCUGAGCCUAUUCUACAUAGAAUGAACUUUUCCAAUUAGGAGAUUAUACCAUCUUUCAGCUCCCCUGUGAAAUGUGAAUUUUCAUUUCCACCUGGGAGAAAGUUUACACUCUUUAAAUUCUCCUAUGUCUGAAGAAGGGCGUGUGUACCCCAAAGACUGCAAACAAAGACAUUUUUUUUGCAACUAUUUGGUUGGGCUAAUAAAAGAUAUCACCUCCCCAAGAGUUCUAAUUACUGAGCGUUAACUAAAUUCAUACCUGACUAUGGAAUUCUAACCAUGUUCUUGUACUUUUCCUGUAUCUCUUUUAAGGGUGUUUUCUCUUGUUUUCUGCUUUCAAAAAAGGGAAAUGCCAGCACCUCUUGCUCUAGUUCUAAACCUUCUCCUGGCAGAGCAUUUAAGCUCCCAUGCAUAGCUCUACAAGCAUGUGAAAAAGUGUCAUAAAAAGUCUGAUUCAGGAAGCAGCUGUUUUAGGUAGAUUGCAAAUUAACAGCAAUUCAUCAGCUGCUAAUGGAGCUGUGACUUUAGUAAACUUCCUGUGUCCUGCCUUCUCCCAGAGGAGAGGGAGAGAGAGCAUGCAGGGACAGCUACUGGUGGCAGGGCCCCUAUGGGAUGCAACAUCUGAAAUGGAUGUGCAGCCUUAAUGGAGUCUUGAGCUCCAUAGGAUGUGAAGACUGUGUCAGCCCUUUCUUAGGGCCUAAAACCUUUGCAUUUAUAAUAAACCCAUCCUCAUCUGCAUAAAAUCAGAAAAAAGAAGCAUGACAGAGAGCCAGGAGAUUCUACUACAAGCCCUUGUGCCCUCCCUCUUCUGCCUAGCCUCCCAAAACAUCCUAUACGGCUUUCUUUUUGCUCUGUUUUCAUGGAGUCUGGUCCUGACUUGCCACUUUAUUAAGUACCCAUAAUGUCUGACACAUUGUUUAUUUAAUCAAAUACAAUGCUAAAUAAAAGCCCCAAAAUAAGUUAAAUAAAUUUCCUUUGAGAUUUUCCCCUCGUGUCACCCUUCCCCUUAAUAAAGGUCACAAUGCAAAUUGA